CUCUCUCUCACCCAUAUCCGAAGAUAAAGGGCCCAAGUCUACGACUCCUCUUUCCACAGUCCUCCUCACAUCUUUCACGUCCCCAUUUUUCUCUCUCUAUAACCCAGCAAUUUACUCUCACAAUUCACCAACAGUACUUGAAAUCUCUCUUUUUCCUCUCCAUUCUCCAUACCCAUCACUCUAUUAUAUGCUAAUACACAUGUUGCCUUCUAUGUUUUUCCAAUCCUCCUCCAUGAGCUGAUCACACUGUUGGUUUUUAUUUUUUUGGUAUCUCAAAUCGUUUCUGAGACAACCACCUUUCAAUUUGCCCUCUCAGGGUUGAGUUUUUCCUUCACAGUUUAGUUUUCUUGAAGGAGAUUCUUGUUCGGGUAAUGGGUUAUUGUAUUUCAUAGUUUGUCGUUCAUGCUCUACAUGCCCCGUUUGCUGUGAAGAUCAGGAGCCGCAGGUAGAAGAGAGCACAAGGUAAACUAAAGCUAUGUUGGAUCUCAAUGUCGACGUGGAAGGUUCUCAGCCCCAAAUGGAAGAGGACUCAGGGACUUCCAACUCCUCGGUGCUGAAUUUCGAGGAAUCUCGAGACGAAAAUUCUUCCGCCUUCGUUUUCGACAUACUGAAGAGAGAAUCAGAUUGUCGGGUUGAGGAUGAUGAAGAGAAGAAAACUCCACAAAUCACGACAAAGCCACUUUUCCCUGUGAACAGUGACGAUAAGGGACGCAGAGAUUGUGAUUUCCGAUUGGGAUUAUCGUGUCCGAGAAGUAAUCAAUGGCUGAACCUGUCCUUCGCUGAGAGUGGUGCCGGCACGCAAGAUGAAUUGAGAGUGUUGCAGCAAAAGCAACCCCAAAUCAGGAAAAGCAGAAGAGGGCCCAGGUCUCGAAGCUCACAGUACAGGGGUGUUACUUUCUACCGCAGGACUGGUCGAUGGGAAUCCCAUAUAUGGGAUUGUGGGAAGCAGGUCUAUUUAGGUGGAUUUGACACUGCACACACUGCAGCAAGAGCAUACGAUAGGGCUGCAAUUAAGUUCAGAGGAGUUGAUGCUGAUAUAAACUUCAGUCUGAGUGAUUAUGAGGAAGACAUGAAGAUGAUGAAAGGUUUGAGUAAAGAGGAGUUUGUCCAAGUCCUUCGCCGCCAAUGCUCCGGUAUCCCAAGAGGGAGCUCAAAAUAUAGAGUUCUGUCUCUCAACAAAUGGGGUCAAUGGGAAGCACAAGCCAGCCCUUUCCUUGGCAAGAAGAUUUAUGACAAACUACCCUUCAAGAGUGAUGGAAGAGGAUCGGUGACUAGCUUUGAGCCUAGUAAGGGAGAGAGAACUAUUGAGUCCAGCAGAGGAGGGAACCAACAAAAUCUUGAUUUGAGCCUUGGAAUUUCUCCACCUUCUAAUGAAUCCAAGAAGAAUGAUCCUGGGGGAAACUUAUCUUUUUGUUAUACAGCUUGCGAGCUGCCCAACAAAGGAGGGCUGAUGCCCCUUUUACAGGCUGAUACCAGUGGUGCUGCAAUAAUAGGGGGACAAGCCAUUUAUGGUGUGGCAAUGCCAUCUAAACAUGGCCAAAAGUGGUGCUCUGGCUUAUAUCCUGGCCAUGUACAGGAUUAUGAGGACAAGGCCAUAGAAAAGAGAACAGAAGUUGUUCCCUUAUCAAGAUUCCCAAAUUUGGCUUGGCAACUUAAUAGCAACGGCAGCAUCACGCCGGUGCCGGUGUUUUCUAAUGCAGCAUCAUCAAAAUUCAUUUCUUCUAGCAACAAUGGUGUGUCAGCCCCACCUGCAAUCAACCCUCGUAACAAUUCUAUCUACAAUCUGUGCUUCAGUUCAACCACAACAUCCACAAUUAAUAGCUCCCCAAGUUGCCAAAGUCUGAGUACCUGAAAGAUCCAUGAACUCAGUCUGUUCAGUUUCUUUUUUAGUGGAUCUAUAAAUGAUUUGGUGAGUAUUAAAGCUUCACUAUAAAUAGUAGUAGCUAGCUGGCAAGUUGUGAUUGUAAUGAAACAAUAUCCAGCAUUGAUUACAGCACCCAACAACUUUAUUACUCUCCUUGAGAUGAUCUAAAACAUCAUAUUUCAUUGUGCUUGAGGUCUUUCUUACCACAUCGAUGUAUACUGAAUUUGAGAUUUUGUUGGUAAGAGGCUUUAAUGAAUGCUUUGUGGAAUGAGUUGAUUUUUUUUUUUUUU